CCUGCAUAUCACAAAAAAAAGUUUUUGUAGGGAGGGAAACAUGUGGUGAUCUAUGUUUACGUUGUGAAAUCAUAAUGUUUAUUUAAGCUUUGAAACAAGGAUUUAUUCAUUAGUAUCUUAGGUGCGGGUAUUAUCAGAGUGGUUCUAGUCAAAGUAAGAUAUCAAGUCUUGUGUUAUGGUUCAUUUAAAAGGAACGAUUCUGAAAAACUAAUCAACAUUUGUGAGUAAAUAACUUGAGAAAAAAAUGAAUGUUAAAUUUAUUUUUUUCCUGGUUUUGAUGGUUUGGAGUCUGGAAACAUUUUUGGCCGAAAAAAAUGAGGUAUGCAAUGAAGGAAUUGUUGAUAUUGGUUUCAUUAUGGAUUCUUCUGGCAGCUUGGGUAAAAAUUAUAAAAACGAAAAAGAUUUGUUAAAAACUUUAGCAUCACUUUUUAGCAUUAAGCCAAAUGGUUCUCAGGCAGGAGUUAUAACAUUCAGUUUUUACACUGAACAUAGUAUUAAGCUAAAUCAGUUUUCUGAUCAAGAUUCCUUCAAUGAUGCAGUUGAUAGAAUUCCAUUGAUGGGUCAUACAACAAGGAUCGACAAAGGUCUUCGUCUCGCACAGAAGGAAAUGUUUAAAGUUGAAAAUGGUGGUCGACCAGGGGUGUCUAAAUUACUUGUUUUAUUAACAGAUGGGUCACAAACACAAGGAAAAGGAGUAAUAGACCCUGCCAUUAUUGCUGAUGAAAUACGUAAACAAGGUGUACCAAUUAUUGCAAUCGGUAUUGGAAAAGAAAUCAAUAAAAAUGAAUUAAUAAAAAUAGGUGGUGGGGAAGCCAACACUUACAGUGCAGAUGAUUUUGAAAAACUCAAAGAGAGUGAUUUCAUACAAAAUCUAAAAAAAGGCGUCUGUGUAACAGCUUCAGAACUGCCAAUUGAAUCCAUAACAGAUCUCGAUGCUUCUACAAAACUAACCGAGGGCAGGUCAUUUAAUACUGAUGUGGUGUUUGCAAUGGAUUUGUCAUCCGCUUCAGACGAUAUACUUCAGAAACAGAAAAGGAUAGUUAGAUCUCUUACAAAGUAUCUUUUGCCAUCGAAAUCAAACGAAUUAGGGUUGAUCACUUACUCUGACAUUGGUAACGUAGAUUCAGAACUCAGUCCUAAAUUCAAUAAUGAGAUUUUAGAUAAGAUUGAAAACAAUGGUAGAAGGCAAAAUGUCGGUUCAGCUAUUACUGUUGCUUCAGAUGAUAUUUUCAAAAAAAGAAACAACGAUGAAAAGCUAAAGAAGAAGCAAAGAGUGUUGGUACUUUUUGUUGUUGGAAAACCGUCUUCUAGCAACCCACCAGUUGUUCCUGAGCGUUAUGGAAAAAUGUUACAGGAAAAUAAUGUGCGAACAGUAAUCAUUGGGCUUGAUGAAAUUGGUGACGAUUUUAACAAGAAUAUGCCUGGAUCCAAACUUUUGAAAUACUCUGAAGAUAAAACUCCCAAUGAAUUGAAAGGACUGAUGCAAGGAUGGCAUGAUAUGGCCGAGGGCAGGUCAUUUAAUACUGAUGUGGUGUUUGCAAUUGAUUUGUCAUCCUCUUCGGACGAUAUACUUCAGAAACAGAAAAGGAUAGUUAGAUCUCUUACAGAGUAUCUUUUGCCAUCGAAAUCAAACGAAUUAGGGUUGAUCACAUACUCUGACAUUGGUAACGUAGAUUCAGAACUCAGUCCUAAAUUCAAUAAUGAGAUUUUAGAUAAGAUUGAAAACAAUGGUAGAAGGCAAAAUGUCGGUUCAGCUAUUACUGUUGCUUCAGAUGAUAUUUUCAAAAAAAGAAACAACGAUGAAAAGCUAAAGAAGAAGCAAAGAGUGUUGGUACUUUUUGUUGUUGGAAAACCGUCUUCUAGCAACCCACCAGUUGUUCCUGAGCGUUAUGGAAAAUUGUUACAGGAAAAUAAUGUGCGAACAGUAAUAAUUGGGCUUGAUGAAGUUGGUGACGAUUUUAACAAGAAUGUGCCUGGAUCCAAACUUUUGAAAUAUUCUGAAGAUAAAACUCCCAAUGAAUUGAAAGAACUGAUGCAAGGAUGGCAUGAUAUGGCUGAGGGCAGGGCGUUUAAUGUUGAUAUGGUGUUUGCGAUGGAUUUGUCAUCCUCUUCAGAGGAAAUCCUUCAGAAACAGAAGAAGGCAAUUAGAUCUCUUAUCGAUUAUCAUCUACCAUCGAAAUCAAAUGAAUUAGGAUUGAUCACAUACUCUGACAUUGCUAAUGUAAAUUCGGAGCUCACUUCUAAAUUCAAUAGUGAGAUUUUAGAUAAGAUUGUCAACAAUGGUAGAAGGCAAAAUGUUGCUUCAGCUAUUACUGUUGCUUCAGAAAAUAUUUUCAAAAUAAGAAACAACGAUGAAAAGCUAAAGAAGAAGCAAAGAGUGUUGGUACUUUUUGUUGUUGGAAAACCAUCUUCUAACUAUCCGCCAGUUGUUCCUGAACGUUAUGGAAAAUUGUUACAGGAAAAUAAUGUGAAGACAAUAAUCAUUGGGCUUGAUGAUGUAGGCGACGAUUUUAAUAAAAAUAUUCCUGGAUCCAAACUUUCGAAAUACUCUGAAAAUGACACUGCCAAUGAGUUGAAAGGUUUUGUGCAGGGAGUGCAUGACGGAGCUGAGGGCAGGGCGUUUAAUGUUGAUAUGGUGUUUGCGAUGGAUUUGUCAUCCUCUUCAGAGGAAAUCCUUCAGAAACAGAAGAAGGCAAUUAGAUCUCUUAUCGAUUAUCAUCUACCAUCGAAAUCAAAUGAAUUAGGAUUGAUCACAUACUCUGACAUUGCUAAUGUAAAUUCGGAGCUCACUUCUAAAUUCAAUAGUGAGAUUUUAGAUAAGAUUGUCAACAAUGGUAGAAGGCAAAAUGUUGCUUCAGCUAUUACUGUUGCUUCAGAAAAUAUUUUCAAAAUAAGAAACAACGAUGAAAAGCUAAAGAAGAAGCAAAGAGUGUUGGUACUUUUUGUUGUUGGAAAACCAUCUUCUAACUAUCCGCCAGUUGUUCCUGAACGUUAUGGAAAAUUGUUAGAGGAAAAUAAUGUGAAGACAAUAAUCAUUGGGCUUGAUGAUGUAGGCGACGAUUUUAAUAAAAAUAUUCCUGGAUCCAAACUUUCGAAAUACUCUGAAAAUGACACUGCCAAUGAGUUGAAAGGUUUUGUGCAGGGAGUGCAUGACGGAGCUGAGGGCAGGGCGUUUAAUGUUGAUAUGGUGUUUGCGAUGGAUUUGUCAUCCUCUUCAGAGGAAAUCCUUCAGAAACAGAAGAAGGCAAUUAGAUCUCUUAUCGAUUAUCAUCUACCAUCGAAAUCAAAUGAAUUAGGAUUGAUCACAUACUCUGACAUUGCUAAUGUAAAUUCGGAGCUCACUUCUAAAUUCAAUAGUGAGAUUUUAGAUAAGAUUGUCAACAAUGGUAGAAGGCAAAAUGUUGCUUCAGCUAUUACUGUUGCUUCAGAAAAUAUUUUCAAAAUAAGAAACAACGAUGAAAAGCUAAAGAAGAAGCAAAGAGUGUUGGUACUUUUUGUUGUUGGAAAACCAUCUUCUAACUAUCCGCCAGUUGUUCCUGAACGUUAUGGAAAAUUGUUAGAGGAAAAUAAUGUGAAGACAAUAAUCAUUGGGCUUGAUGAUGUAGGCGACGAUUUUAAUAAAAAUAUUCCUGGAUCCAAACUUUCGAAAUACUCUGAAAAUGACACUGCCAAUGAGUUGAAAGGUUUUGUGCAGGGAGUGCAUGACGGAGCUGAGGGCAGGGCGUUUAAUGUUGAUAUGGUGUUUGCGAUGGAUUUGUCAUCCUCUUCAGAGGAAAUCCUUCAGAAACAGAAGAAGGCAAUUAGAUCUCUUAUCGAUUAUCAUCUACCAUCGAAAUCAAAUGAAUUAGGAUUGAUCACAUACUCUGACAUUGCUAAUGUAAAUUCGGAGCUCACUUCUAAAUUCAAUAGUGAGAUUUUAGAUAAGAUUGUCAACAAUGGUAGAAGGCAAAAUGUUGCUUCAGCUAUUACUGUUGCUUCAGAAAAUAUUUUCAAAAUAAGAAACAACGAUGAAAAGCUAAAGAAGAAGCAAAGAGUGUUGGUACUUUUUGUUGUUGGAAAACCAUCUUCUAACUAUCCGCCAGUUGUUCCUGAACGUUAUGGAAAAUUGUUAGAGGAAAAUAAUGUGAAGACAAUAAUCAUUGGGCUUGAUGAUGUAGGCGACGAUUUUAAUAAAAAUAUUCCUGGAUCCAAACUUUCGAAAUACUCUGAAAAUGACACUGCCAAUGAGUUGAAAGGUUUUGUGCAGGGAGUGCAUGACGGAGCUGAGGGCAGGGCGUUUAAUGUUGAUAUGGUGUUUGCGAUGGAUUUGUCAUCCUCUUCAGAGGAAAUCCUUCAGAAACAGAAGAAGGCAAUUAGAUCUCUUAUCGAUUAUCAUCUACCAUCGAAAUCAAAUGAAUUAGGAUUGAUCACAUACUCUGACAUUGCUAAUGUAAAUUCGGAGCUCACUUCUAAAUUCAAUAGUGAGAUUUUAGAUAAGAUUGUCAACAAUGGUAGAAGGCAAAAUGUUGCUUCAGCUAUUACUGUUGCUUCAGAAAAUAUUUUCAAAAUAAGAAACAACGAUGAAAAGCUAAAGAAGAAGCAAAGAGUGUUGGUACUUUUUGUUGUUGGAAAACCAUCUUCUAACUAUCCGCCAGUUGUUCCUGAACGUUAUGGAAAAUUGUUAGAGGAAAAUAAUGUGAAGACAAUAAUCAUUGGGCUUGAUGAUGUAGGCGACGAUUUUAAUAAAAAUAUUCCUGGAUCCAAACUUUCGAAAUACUCUGAAAAUGACACUGCCAAUGAGUUGAAAGGUUUUGUGCAGGGAGUGCAUGACGGAGCUGAGGGCAGGGCGUUUAAUGUUGAUAUGGUGUUUGCGAUGGAUUUGUCAUCCUCUUCAGAGGAAAUCCUUCAGAAACAGAAGAAGGCAAUUAGAUCUCUUAUCGAUUAUCAUCUACCAUCGAAAUCAAAUGAAUUAGGAUUGAUCACAUACUCUGACAUUGCUAAUGUAAAUUCGGAGCUCACUUCUAAAUUCAAUAGUGAGAUUUUAGAUAAGAUUGUCAACAAUGGUAGAAGGCAAAAUGUUGCUUCAGCUAUUACUGUUGCUUCAGAAAAUAUUUUCAAAAUAAGAAACAACGAUGAAAAGCUAAAGAAGAAGCAAAGAGUGUUGGUACUUUUUGUUGUUGGAAAACCAUCUUCUAACUAUCCGCCAGUUGUUCCUGAACGUUAUGGAAAAUUGUUAGAGGAAAAUAAUGUGAAGACAAUAAUCAUUGGGCUUGAUGAUGUAGGCGACGAUUUUAAUAAAAAUAUUCCUGGAUCCAAACUUUCGAAAUACUCUGAAAAUGACACUGCCAAUGAGUUGAAAGGUUUUGUGCAGGGAGUGCAUGACGGAGCUGAGGGCAGGGCGUUUAAUGUUGAUAUGGUGUUUGCGAUGGAUUUGUCAUCCUCUUCAGAGGAAAUCCUUCAGAAACAGAAGAAGGCAAUUAGAUCUCUUAUCGAUUAUCAUCUACCAUCGAAAUCAAAUGAAUUAGGAUUGAUCACAUACUCUGACAUUGCUAAUGUAAAUUCGGAGCUCACUUCUAAAUUCAAUAGUGAGAUUUUAGAUAAGAUUGUCAACAAUGGUAGAAGGCAAAAUGUUGCUUCAGCUAUUACUGUUGCUUCAGAAAAUAUUUUCAAAAUAAGAAACAACGAUGAAAAGCUAAAGAAGAAGCAAAGAGUGUUGGUACUUUUUGUUGUUGGAAAACCAUCUUCUAACUAUCCGCCAGUUGUUCCUGAACGUUAUGGAAAAUUGUUAGAGGAAAAUAAUGUGAAGACAAUAAUCAUUGGGCUUGAUGAUGUAGGCGACGAUUUUAAUAAAAAUAUUCCUGGAUCCAAACUUUCGAAAUACUCUGAAAAUGACACUGCCAAUGAGUUGAAAGGUUUUGUGCAGGGAGUGCAUGACGGAGCUGAGGGCAGGGCGUUUAAUGUUGAUAUGGUGUUUGCGAUGGAUUUGUCAUCCUCUUCAGAGGAAAUCCUUCAGAAACAGAAGAAGGCAAUUAGAUCUCUUAUCGAUUAUCAUCUACCAUCGAAAUCAAAUGAAUUAGGAUUGAUCACAUACUCUGACAUUGCUAAUGUAAAUUCGGAGCUCACUUCUAAAUUCAAUAGUGAGAUUUUAGAUAAGAUUGUCAACAAUGGUAGAAGGCAAAAUGUUGCUUCAGCUAUUACUGUUGCUUCAGAAAAUAUUUUCAAAAUAAGAAACAACGAUGAAAAGCUAAAGAAGAAGCAAAGAGUGUUGGUACUUUUUGUUGUUGGAAAACCAUCUUCUAACUAUCCGCCAGUUGUUCCUGAACGUUAUGGAAAAUUGUUAGAGGAAAAUAAUGUGAAGACAAUAAUCAUUGGGCUUGAUGAUGUAGGCGACGAUUUUAAUAAAAAUAUUCCUGGAUCCAAACUUUCGAAAUACUCUGAAAAUGACACUGCCAAUGAGUUGAAAGGUUUUGUGCAGGGAGUGCAUGACGGAGCUGAGGGCAGGGCGUUUAAUGUUGAUAUGGUGUUUGCGAUGGAUUUGUCAUCCUCUUCAGAGGAAAUCCUUCAGAAACAGAAGAAGGCAAUUAGAUCUCUUAUCGAUUAUCAUCUACCAUCGAAAUCAAAUGAAUUAGGAUUGAUCACAUACUCUGACAUUGCUAAUGUAAAUUCGGAGCUCACUUCUAAAUUCAAUAGUGAGAUUUUAGAUAAGAUUGUCAACAAUGGUAGAAGGCAAAAUGUUGCUUCAGCUAUUACUGUUGCUUCAGAAAAUAUUUUCAAAAUAAGAAACAACGAUGAAAAGCUAAAGAAGAAGCAAAGAGUGUUGGUACUUUUUGUUGUUGGAAAACCAUCUUCUAACUAUCCGCCAGUUGUUCCUGAACGUUAUGGAAAAUUGUUAGAGGAAAAUAAUGUGAAGACAAUAAUCAUUGGGCUUGAUGAUGUAGGCGACGAUUUUAAUAAAAAUAUUCCUGGAUCCAAACUUUCGAAAUACUCUGAAAAUGACACUGCCAAUGAGUUGAAAGGUUUUGUGCAGGGAGUGCAUGACGGAGCUGAGGGCAGGGCGUUUAAUGUUGAUAUGGUGUUUGCGAUGGAUUUGUCAUCCUCUUCAGAGGAAAUCCUUCAGAAACAGAAGAAGGCAAUUAGAUCUCUUAUCGAUUAUCAUCUACCAUCGAAAUCAAAUGAAUUAGGAUUGAUCACAUACUCUGACAUUGCUAAUGUAAAUUCGGAGCUCACUUCUAAAUUCAAUAGUGAGAUUUUAGAUAAGAUUGUCAACAAUGGUAGAAGGCAAAAUGUUGCUUCAGCUAUUACUGUUGCUUCAGAAAAUAUUUUCAAAAUAAGAAACAACGAUGAAAAGCUAAAGAAGAAGCAAAGAGUGUUGGUACUUUUUGUUGUUGGAAAACCAUCUUCUAACUAUCCGCCAGUUGUUCCUGAACGUUAUGGAAAAUUGUUAGAGGAAAAUAAUGUGAAGACAAUAAUCAUUGGGCUUGAUGAUGUAGGCGACGAUUUUAAUAAAAAUAUUCCUGGAUCCAAACUUUCGAAAUACUCUGAAAAUGACACUGCCAAUGAGUUGAAAGGUUUUGUGCAGGGAGUGCAUGACGGAGCUGAGGGCAGGGCGUUUAAUGUUGAUAUGGUGUUUGCGAUGGAUUUGUCAUCCUCUUCAGAGGAAAUCCUUCAGAAACAGAAGAAGGCAAUUAGAUCUCUUAUCGAUUAUCAUCUACCAUCGAAAUCAAAUGAAUUAGGAUUGAUCACAUACUCUGACAUUGCUAAUGUAAAUUCGGAGCUCACUUCUAAAUUCAAUAGUGAGAUUUUAGAUAAGAUUGUCAACAAUGGUAGAAGGCAAAAUGUUGCUUCAGCUAUUACUGUUGCUUCAGAAAAUAUUUUCAAAAUAAGAAACAACGAUGAAAAGCUAAAGAAGAAGCAAAGAGUGUUGGUACUUUUUGUUGUUGGAAAACCAUCUUCUAACUAUCCGCCAGUUGUUCCUGAACGUUAUGGAAAAUUGUUAGAGGAAAAUAAUGUGAAGACAAUAAUCAUUGGGCUUGAUGAUGUAGGCGACGAUUUUAAUAAAAAUAUUCCUGGAUCCAAACUUUCGAAAUACUCUGAAAAUGACACUGCCAAUGAGUUGAAAGGUUUUGUGCAGGGAGUGCAUGACGGAGCUGAGGGCAGGGCGUUUAAUGUUGAUAUGGUGUUUGCGAUGGAUUUGUCAUCCUCUUCAGAGGAAAUCCUUCAGAAACAGAAGAAGGCAAUUAGAUCUCUUAUCGAUUAUCAUCUACCAUCGAAAUCAAAUGAAUUAGGAUUGAUCACAUACUCUGACAUUGCUAAUGUAAAUUCGGAGCUCACUUCUAAAUUCAAUAGUGAGAUUUUAGAUAAGAUUGUCAACAAUGGUAGAAGGCAAAAUGUUGCUUCAGCUAUUACUGUUGCUUCAGAAAAUAUUUUCAAAAUAAGAAACAACGAUGAAAAGCUAAAGAAGAAGCAAAGAGUGUUGGUACUUUUUGUUGUUGGAAAACCAUCUUCUAACUAUCCGCCAGUUGUUCCUGAACGUUAUGGAAAAUUGUUAGAGGAAAAUAAUGUGAAGACAAUAAUCAUUGGGCUUGAUGAUGUAGGCGACGAUUUUAAUAAAAAUAUUCCUGGAUCCAAACUUUCGAAAUACUCUGAAAAUGACACUGCCAAUGAGUUGAAAGGUUUUGUGCAGGGAGUGCAUGACGGAGCUGAGGGCAGGGCGUUUAAUGUUGAUAUGGUGUUUGCGAUGGAUUUGUCAUCCUCUUCAGAGGAAAUCCUUCAGAAACAGAAGAAGGCAAUUAGAUCUCUUAUCGAUUAUCAUCUACCAUCGAAAUCAAAUGAAUUAGGAUUGAUCACAUACUCUGACAUUGCUAAUGUAAAUUCGGAGCUCACUUCUAAAUUCAAUAGUGAGAUUUUAGAUAAGAUUGUCAACAAUGGUAGAAGGCAAAAUGUUGCUUCAGCUAUUACUGUUGCUUCAGAAAAUAUUUUCAAAAUAAGAAACAACGAUGAAAAGCUAAAGAAGAAGCAAAGAGUGUUGGUACUUUUUGUUGUUGGAAAACCAUCUUCUAACUAUCCGCCAGUUGUUCCUGAACGUUAUGGAAAAUUGUUAGAGGAAAAUAAUGUGAAGACAAUAAUCAUUGGGCUUGAUGAUGUAGGCGACGAUUUUAAUAAAAAUAUUCCUGGAUCCAAACUUUCGAAAUACUCUGAAAAUGACACUGCCAAUGAGUUGAAAGGUUUUGUGCAGGGAGUGCAUGACGGAGCUGAGGGCAGGGCGUUUAAUGUUGAUAUGGUGUUUGCGAUGGAUUUGUCAUCCUCUUCAGAGGAAAUCCUUCAGAAACAGAAGAAGGCAAUUAGAUCUCUUAUCGAUUAUCAUCUACCAUCGAAAUCAAAUGAAUUAGGAUUGAUCACAUACUCUGACAUUGCUAAUGUAAAUUCGGAGCUCACUUCUAAAUUCAAUAGUGAGAUUUUAGAUAAGAUUGUCAACAAUGGUAGAAGGCAAAAUGUUGCUUCAGCUAUUACUGUUGCUUCAGAAAAUAUUUUCAAAAUAAGAAACAACGAUGAAAAGCUAAAGAAGAAGCAAAGAGUGUUGGUACUUUUUGUUGUUGGAAAACCAUCUUCUAACUAUCCGCCAGUUGUUCCUGAACGUUAUGGAAAAUUGUUAGAGGAAAAUAAUGUGAAGACAAUAAUCAUUGGGCUUGAUGAUGUAGGCGACGAUUUUAAUAAAAAUAUUCCUGGAUCCAAACUUUCGAAAUACUCUGAAAAUGACACUGCCAAUGAGUUGAAAGGUUUUGUGCAGGGAGUGCAUGACGGAGAUUUAUCUAACAUCUCCAAUAUAAACCAAUCGAUACUUACUCCUUCUAACACCACUUCUGGUAUCAACCAAUCAACACUUACAAAAGGAUCAAAUUUAACUGAGGGACAUUGCAUCAAAGUAAACUUGCAUCCAUUAGACAAAGAUAUACAAAUUGCUCUUAAUUUAUUGCAAUCUGGCAUGGAUAAAGAUUGGAUUGUUAAAUUUUUACAAAACACUGAUUCCUUAGAGAUGAUCUUAAAAUAUCACAAAAAUCUUCGUCACAUUUUAUCUGAGUUUCAGCCAUCUCUUCACAGAUUAGGAGUAUUUCCUGAGUUUGAUUGUAAAUCAAAAGCUGUAGAGAAAACCUUGACGUCAAUUUUCAAUUAUAAUGAAAAAUCAAAUAUACUAUCAAAAGCCAGAGAAAUAGGUGGUGGAAAAUUUGUGGAUAUGUUAUGGGCUACUGGUUUGGCUAACGAAAUUUUAAAUUCCAAUGAGGAUAUAACAUUGAUUGUUCCUUUGUCAAUAUCUAAUAUUCCUGAUUCCAUCGAUAUAAAAAAAAAUAGCGCUUGUUCACUUGUUCAAAUGCUUAAAUACCAUAUGAUUGUAGGAAAAAACUAUGUAACAAAUCUCAAAAAUAACGACAUAUUAAAAUCAAUGAAUAAUGCAGAGAUAAUAUAUUUUAACAAGUUUGACCAGUUAUCUACUUUAAGUGGUUCAGUAACCAAUAAAAUAGUACUAUACAAUAUUGAAGCUCUUGGUGGAGUAAUACAUGUUGUUGAUAAUUUCAUGCUACCUCCUGACCGUGAUAUAAUUUCGCUCCUUGAAAAACGCAACAGUUUUACUAUAUUUACGAAAGCGUUAAAGGAGUCCAUGUUACUACCUGAGUUAAAGAAUUCUCCUCACACUUACUUCGUAGUUGCUGACACAAACAUAAAUAAAGAUUAUAUUUCAGAACUUAAUAGUUCUGAAAAGAUCAGAAAUUUCAUACGCCGCCAUACAGUUUCUGGACUUCAUUUUUCUCACAUGUUACACAACAAUGCAAUGUUGACUGCUGUUGAUGGUUCUACUGUGAAAAUACACCAUAGUGGCGAUAAAAUUACAGUAAACGGAUUUCCAAUAUCUACACUUGACCUAAUUUCACACUCUGGAAUAGUGCACGUGAUUGAUAAUCCUUUGUAGAAUAUUUCAAAAAGUAAUUUAUUAAAGUUUACAAUGAAUACGAUUUUAAA